AGGAGUGUACCAGAGUGAACAUUUGUUUGAGUCUGACCACCAAUCUGGGGCGUGGUGCAAAGACCCUCUACAGGCUUCUGACAAGAUUUAUUAUAUGCCCUGGACCCCCUACAGAACUGAUACCUUGACUGAGUAUUCAUCCAAGGAUGACUUCAUUGCUGGAAGGCCAACUACAACCUACAAGCUCCCUCACAGGGUGGAUGGCACAGGAUUUGUAGUAUACGAUGGAGCUUUGUUCUUCAACAAAGAACGCACCAGGAACAUAGUAAAGUUUGAUUUGCGGACUAGGAUAAAGAGUGGAGAGGCUAUCAUAGCAAAUGCCAAUUACCAUGAUACUUCCCCUUACCGAUGGGGAGGCAAAUCUGACAUAGACCUGGCAGUGGAUGAGAAUGGGCUAUGGGUAAUCUAUGCAACAGAACAAAACAAUGGUAAAAUUGUCAUUAGUCAAUUGAACCCUUACACCCUACGGAUUGAAGGGACAUGGGAUACUGCAUAUGAUAAAAGGUCAGCUUCCAAUGCGUUUAUGAUUUGUGGGAUUCUGUAUGUGGUCAAAUCUGUCUAUGAGGAUGAUGACAAUGAAGCCACUGGGAAUAAGAUUGACUACAUUUACAACACCGACCAAAGCAAGGAUAGUUUGGUGGAUGUACCCUUUCCCAAUUCAUACCAGUACAUAGCAGCUGUGGAUUACAACCCCAGGGACAACCUACUUUAUGUAUGGAAUAACUAUCACGUGGUGAAAUAUUCUUUGGAUUUUGGACCUCUGGAUAGUAGAUCAGGGCAGGCACAUCAUGGACAAGUUUCGUACAUCUCUCCACCAAUUCACAUUGACUCUGAGCUAGAAAGACCCCCUGUUAGAGAAAUCUCUACCACAGGACCUCUUGGCAUGGGAAGCACGACCACCAGUACCACCCUUCGGACCACAACUUGGAGCCCAGGAAGGAGUACUACCCCAUCAGUAUCAGGAAGAAAAAACCGAAGUACCAGCACCCCAUCUCCGGCUGUCGAGGUGCUUGACGAUAUCACCACACACCUCCCGUCAGCAUCAUCCCAAAUCCCAGCUCUGGAAGAGAGCUGCGAGGCUGUGGAAGCCCGAGAAAUCAUGUGGUUUAAGACCCGCCAAGGACAGAUAGCAAAGCAGCCUUGCCCUGCUGGAACUAUAGGUGUAUCAACUUAUCUGUGCCUUGCUCCUGAUGGAAUUUGGGAUCCCCAAGGACCAGAUCUCAGCAACUGCUCUUCUCCUUGGGUCAAUCAUAUAACCCAGAAGUUGAAAUCUGGAGAGACAGCUGCCAACAUUGCUAGAGAGCUGGCUGAACAGACAAGGAAUCAUUUGAAUGCUGGGGACAUCACCUACUCAGUCCGUGCCAUGGAUCAGCUGGUAGGGCUCCUAGAUGUGCAGCUCCGGAACUUGACCCCAGGUGGAAAAGAUAGUGCUGCCCGCAGUUUAAACAAGCUUCAGAAAAGAGAGCGCUCUUGCAGAGCCUAUGUCCAGGCAAUGGUCGAGACAGUUAACAACCUCCUCCAGCCACAAGCUUUGAAUGCAUGGAGAGACCUGACUACAAGUGAUCAACUACGUGCAGCCACCAUGUUGCUUGACACUGUGGAGGAAAGUGCUUUUGUACUGGCUGAUAACCUUUUGAAGACUGACAUUGUCAGGGAGAACACAGACAAUAUUAAGUUGGAAGUUGCAAGGCUGAGCACAGAAGGAAACUUAGAAGACCUAAAAUUUCCAGAAAACAUAGGCCACGGAAGCACUAUCCAGCUUUCUGCAAAUACUUUAAAGCAAAAUGGCCGAAAUGGAGAGAUCCGAGUGGCCUUUGUCCUAUAUAACAACUUGGGUCCUUAUUUGUCCACGGAGAAUGCCAGUAUGAAGUUGGGAACAGAAGCUAUGUCCACAAAUCAUUCUGUUAUUGUCAAUUCCCCUGUUAUUACAGCAGCAAUAAACAAAGAGUUCAGUAAUAAGGUUUAUUUGGCUGAUCCUGUGGUAUUUACUGUUAAACAUAUCAAGCAGUCAGAGGAAAAUUUCAACCCUAAUUGUUCAUUUUGGAGCUAUUCCAAGCGCACAAUGACAGGUUAUUGGUCAACGCAAGGCUGUCGGCUCCUGACAACAAAUAAGACACACACUACAUGCUCUUGUAACCACCUAACCAAUUUUGCAGUACUGAUGGCACAUGUGGAAGUUAAGCACAGUGAUGCAGUCCAUGACCUGCUUCUGGAUGUGAUCACAUGGGUUGGAAUUUUGCUGUCCCUUGUUUGUCUCCUGAUUUGCAUCUUCACAUUUUGCUUUUUCCGUGGGCUCCAGAGUGACCGUAACACCAUCCACAAGAACCUCUGCAUCAGCCUUUUUGUAGCAGAGCUGCUCUUCCUGAUUGGGAUCAACCGGACUGACCAACCAAUUGCCUGUGCUGUUUUUGCUGCCCUCUUACAUUUCUUCUUUUUGGCUGCCUUCACCUGGAUGUUCCUGGAGGGAGUGCAGCUCUAUAUCAUGCUGGUGGAGGUUUUUGAGAGUGAACAUUCACGAAGAAAAUACUUUUAUCUGGUUGGCUAUGGGAUGCCUGCACUCAUUGUGGCUGUGUCUGCUGCAGUAGACUACAGGAGUUAUGGAACAGAUAAAGUAUGUUGGCUCCGACUUGACACUUACUUCAUUUGGAGUUUUAUAGGACCAGCGACUUUGAUAAUUAUGCUUAAUGUAAUCUUCCUUGGGAUUGCUUUAUAUAAAAUGUUUCAUCAUACUGCCAUACUGAAACCUGAAUCAGGCUGUCUUGAUAAUAUCAAGUCAUGGGUGAUAGGUGCAAUUGCUCUUCUCUGCCUGUUAGGAUUGACCUGGGCCUUUGGACUCAUGUAUAUUAAUGAAAGCACAGUCAUCAUGGCGUAUCUCUUCACCAUUUUCAAUUCUCUACAGGGAAUGUUCAUAUUCAUUUUCCACUGUGUCCUUCAGAAGAAGGUACGAAAAGAGUAUGGGAAAUGCCUGCGAACACAUUGCUGUAGUGGCAAAAGUACAGAGAGUUCCAUUGGCUCAGGGAAAACAUCUGGUUCUAGAACUCCUGGACGCUAUUCUACAGGCUCACAGAGCCGAAUUCGUAGAAUGUGGAAUGACACAGUCCGAAAGCAGUCAGAGUCUUCCUUUAUUACUGGAGAUAUAAACAGUUCAGCGUCUCUCAACAGAGAGGGGCUUCUGAACAAUGCCAGGGAUACAAGUGUCAUGGAUACUCUACCACUGAAUGGUAACCAUGGCAAUAGUUACAGCAUCGCCAGCGGUGAAUACCUGAGCAACUGUGUGCAAAUCAUAGACCGUGGCUAUAACCAUAACGAGACAGCCCUAGAGAAAAAGAUUUUGAAGGAACUCACUUCCAACUAUAUCCCUUCUUACCUGAACAACCACGAGCGCUCCAGCGAACAGAACAGGAAUCUGAUGAACAAGCUGGUGAAUAACCUCGGCAGUGGGAGUGAAGAUGAUGCCAUUGUCCUGGAUGAUGCCACCUCCUUUAACCAUGAGGAGAGCUUGGGCCUGGAACUCAUUCAUGAGGAAUCCGAUGCUCCUUUGCUGCCCCCAAGAGUUUACUCCACAGAGAACCACCAGCCACACCAUUAUACCAGAAGGCGGAUCCCCCAAGACCAUAGUGAGAGCUUUUUCCCUUUGCUAACCAACGAGCACACAGAAGAUCUCCAGUCACCCCACAGGGACUCUCUCUACACCAGCAUGCCAGCGCUGGCUGGUGUGGUGGCCACAGAGAGCGUUACCACCAGCACCCAGACCGAACCCCCGCCGGCCAAAUGUGGUGAUGCCGAAGAUGUUUACUACAAAAGCAUGCCAAACCUGGGCUCCAGAAACCACGUCCAUCAGCUGCACGCUUACUACCAGCUAGGGCGUGGCAGCAGCGAUGGAUUCAUCGUUCCUCCAAACAAAGACGGGACCCCUCCAGAGGGAAGUUCAAAAGGACCUGCGCAUUUGGUCACUAGUCUAUAGAAGAUGACGCAGAAAUUUAAACCAACAAAACUGCUAACACCUUGUUGACUGUUCCGAGUUGAUAUAAGCGGUGGUAAUAAUAUGUGUCCUCCUAAAUCUCUAUGCUGUUCUCGAAAGACACAUACAAACUCUCAGACUUUUUCUUUUUUCCUUUUCCUUUUUUUUAAUUGGGAUUUUUAGGUCAGCCCAGGGGAGAAAGAUAACUGCUGAAAUUCCCCUGUGCCCUAUCCUUUCCUGUCCUUUCCCCCUCAGAUGGAGACUUCAUUAUGUUAAUGAACGAGAUAUGAAGAAAAUGGCACUCAUUGUGGCCUUGUUGAGUUAUGUUGUGUUUGUUUUAACAUCUCUGAUGCUCUGUUACUAUGAUUACAAGGACCUGAUUUUUGAAAGGCCAGAACAAUUGUUCGAAAUUAGUAACAAUGCUGCAUCUAGAUUGGAGUGCUGCACAAACAUAAAAACAAAGCAAAACUGUAUCACAUAGUGGUUUUGGUCACUCACAACCUGAAUUUAUCACAGCAGGGAUAGCUGUGGAGUACAAAAUAAAACAACAAAAUUAAUAAUGAAAUGGAGGGGAAUUCUAGAAUUAUAUGCUAAAUGCAUAUUUUAUGAUUUGCUGUAUUAACUGACGAUAAAACUAAUGGCAGAAAAAAAUUGAACAAUUUCUAUGUAAUGUACAGAUACUAGCAUUGCACAUAUAGUCUGCUUUCUGUUCCUCCAGAAUUUGAGUCCUGUUAAUGUAGUGGGAAAAAAAAAAGUUUUCUUUUUCUUUCGUGCUGGUCUUGCAAGUUUGUCUACCAGUAAGAGAGCAAAGUUUCCUUCCUUUCUUCUUUCUUUUCUUUCUUCCUUUUUUUUUUUUUUUUUCCUUUAAAAUUUCACCUGGCAAAAAAUAAAUAAAUGAAACUAUCACUUUAUAAGAAUCAUUUUCUAGUAAUGCAAACAAAUUAUUUUUUACAAAAAAAUAAAUAAAAUAAAUAAAAUUAGACUUCCUUCCCUCACUAUAUAUCUUUAUUCAGUCAAAAUAUUUCCAACAGCAUUUUUGCAGAUUAGAGCUGGACAAACUUUUAUGUUUACAGGGCACAUCUGUUGUAAUGCAAAGCAUAUUUGGCAAGCAGUUCAUCACCAAGACAGUAGCUAUGAUUCUAGAAGUCGAGAGGUGUCUAUAGAACUAGUGGGGCUUCUGCAUGUGAAAAAUGGUAUAGGUGUUAAAGUGCUGAAUGCUCAGUCUGAUCCCCAAGUGGGCACAUGCACUACCAAUUUUUAGAGGAAAUUCACUCCCUGGUAGUAAGAAUUGAAAAGUCAAAUUACUUUGAAGUGAUUUUUUUUAAAAAGUUUCUGUUUAUUAACAGGAAAAUUUAUUUAUUUGACAGGAUUUUAAGUAAUGUAGGAAUACAAGAAGUAAAUUAGCAGCACAUAUAAUUUUUUUUUAAAAUUUAUGAUCCAUUUUGUAUGGUCUCAAAGUUGGAUGACCUCAUUACUAAUAUUUGUUGUAAAAGUGAAACUUGUUUGCCAACCAAUAAACAACUGAUUGAGAUUUAGAAGAUAUUGUAUUGAUGUAUGUACUAUAUGAUGAAUUAUUCUCUUCAUUUUUCUCGCCUUUCUUUCCUUCUCUUUUCAAUAUAUAAACUUUGGUAAUCCUCUGUGGCCCAAGUGAGCCAUGCAAAAGAAAUCCAACCUGACUAGAUGAAUAACCUAAGCACAAAAUCAUACAGUUUUUGCAGACAAAGUAAAUCAGAAAAAUGGGACGGGCAUGUUUAUGUUGGCUGAAAUAAUAGCUUACUUUUGAGCAGGUUAACAGAUAGGUUACUAUGUGAUUAUUUAUAAACCAGCUGCAGUCAAAAUGCUUAUUUUAAAAGCUAGAUUGAAUCAGAGGUUUAAACAUCGAGUUUUGGGCAGGGAAGAUCAUAUUUUUUUUUCCUCCUUUGUAAGCUCCAUUCUGAUGUUAAAAAUUUAAAUUCAUUUAAUUUACUAAAAGCUGCAAGAACCAUGGCAAAGAGAAUAUCCAUUUAAUAAAGAUAGUAUAAGACAUUUUUUGUGGCAUUUUUUUGUUGCUUUAUAUAUGGAGGAAAUAGAAGAAAAAGUCCUUCAAAGAAACUUUUCUUGAUCUCUAAUUACUUCAGAUCCUUUGCCAGCAGUGUCCAAGCCUGGAGCCCCUCUUGGGGCAAAGCUAAAAUGAAUUUGCUAAAUUAUCAUUUCUUUUGUAGCAUGUUAUAUCUUGGAGAUUUCUUUUGCAAAAAUCUAACCACCACCCAUCUAUAAUUGAAUACCUUAAAUCCAGGUAGAUAAGGAGUUUAGAGAAUGGCCAGUAACCUAUAUAUAGUUUGAAAAUAUAUGACAAAAAAAAUUUGUGCUGGGCCAGAGUACAUCAUAACCUUCGUAUCACCUCAAAAUAUUGUAUGUAUCAUUACUUUUUAGUCAAUUGACAGUAUUUUUUAAGUUUACAGAUUGUCUUUAAGUUGGAGGAGAAUCACAAACUUUAACAGUGAUUAAGUUUUCUCACAACACACUAUGGCAAUGUUAGCACCUGAAAGGAGUUUAAUCCACCUGAUACAUAAAAUACCUUUGGCAAUGAAACACUCCUUUCUUGACAUGCUUAAGGUAACUUCAGAAACACAAGAGUGGUCUGUGGAUUAUGAGGACUUUUGCUUAUUUUGCCAACCAAACAGUAAUCUAUAUGAAAGCAACUCUGUCAGUAAGAAGUUAAGUUUCAUAAAAUAAUGAGGAAACUACCUCAAUUCAGCAUGCUGAUUUUUGGAUAUUGCUACCUCCCUGCCCAUUACCUUUUGUGUUUCAUUAUAUGGAAAUUUGAAGCAGGUAGCCUCCCCAGCUCUACACAGACCAAGUUGAAGAAAGAUCACUUCAGUACAUAAACUGGUGCAGAAGAACAUUCAUUACUAUCAGUUCCUACCAGGCUAUUGCAUCAAGAUGAAAGCAUGAGAUUUUUGAACUCUCAUACAUCGUAAUUGGUGUGCUUUCAGAGAGACUUAAGAUCCCAAAGAUUUUCAUAGGGAGAGAUUGUUCGCCCAAGUUUUAUGUGACUAUAAUAAAAACAAAACAGUGGAUAAAUGAGUGUAUACAUUUCAAUAGAAUUUUGUGUGUAUUUAACAUGUAUUCAUUUAGUACUAUUUACAUUUAACAAGGGUUGAAUUGCCGAACUUGAAUUUUUUUCACAUGCAUUUUUAUGUAGAACUGCUGAUGAAUUAAUAAUUUAAAAUUUUUUCUUCCUUCUACCACCUUUUGUUGACUUUAUUUUUCAAUUCCCUGUGACAUUCGUUACCUACUUAUCUGCAUAUUUUUGAUGUGUUUAUCUGAUUUUCCAACAAGUAAAUUUACAUCAAACAGACACACUGCACAUACAUAGCACAUUAUUUAGCCAGCUGAAAGUAAAAGUUAUGACAGUGAAACAAACCGAUUAUUACUUUUUAGGAAAAUAAAAUUUUUAUAACAUUUCACACUUGAAUUUUUUUUUCUCUUCAAAGUCUAGUUCACAUGAUACUUUAUCAAGACACGAGCUAAUGGACCUCAUGUUUAGUUGAUUCUGAAAGUGAUGGGUUGUUGUACAGCCUAUGUUCCUAAUUGAUCAUGUUUGUGGAGAAAUCCAGAUUUUGUGAAAGAGAAAUAGAUUGGAAUUCUAAUUAAGUUUUAUGGGCAUCCCUUCUUGUUUCCACUUUAUUAAAAUUAAUCAUACUGGAGUUGAAUAAUAUGUUACUAUGCUAAAAUACUCAUAAUUACAAAAAAGAACUGACAUGAGAACAAUUAUCUUAAAGUAAAAGUAAUCAGAAAAAUGUGAUAAUCAAUAGCAGGUAAUGGAAAUAACCUUAACUUCCUGUAACAUUCACAAUGACUCUAUAUUAAAAUGUGGUUUAUGAUCUUUAUUUUUAAAAUCCCCAUUGUCAUCUAAAAAUGUUGACAUAUUGAUGAAUGGACCUUUAAGAUUUAGGUUUUUAAUUUUUUUUAAUAUUAGCAGUUGGUAUGUCAAAACUUUUCAUGAUAAUAGAGAUAAGCAUAUAAGGGAAUUAGUAACAUUUAUAAAGAAUCCGUACACUUAAUUUUAGACAAUAUCUUCAGCUUUUUAACCCACACAUUUUCAAACUUAUUCAUUAGUUUUCUUAUCUUAAUAAACGACAUUAAAAAUUUCAGUGGCUGACUUUCUGCAUUAUUGUAGAGACUGAAAGGGACAGGAAAAAUAGUUUCUGGUUUGUCUAAAGAUCAUGUCCAAGCUAAUAUAUAAUUAUCCCCUAUUAAUGAAAGAAUAGUUAGUUUUUAGAAGUUGUUCAUCAAUACUGUACCAAAGUGCUACUGCUUAGAAUAUUUUUGAAAAAAAAGAAAGAAAAAAAUAAAACCACUGUAGAACUACAAUUCAUCAAUUCAAAUCUAAAGAGUGAAAAAAAAAACCCCAAACCCUAAUUUGGUUUUGAGCAAAUGUGAAGUUAUUGUCAGGAAUGUCCUUUCUUCUCUAACAAAAAUAUUGAGAUAAGAUAAUAUGUAUGAACUUCCCAGUAUAUUGCCGACCGAGGUAUGAAGAUUUAAUUAUUUAAUUUUUAGUAAUUCACAAUUAUAACUCACCACAUAAAUGACUAGUAUGCAUUUCUAAGUAAUACUUUAAAUAUAUCUUUGUUAGAUUUCUGCACAUCAAUAAAUUAGGAAAGUGGUAGCACAAAAGCAAAGCAGCAACAUUGCAAAAUAACUUAUAGAAGCAUUUUUGAGCAAAAGUAUUCUAUAUAAGAAGCUUCUAUGAGCUCAUAAAAUAGAUUAAAUGGAUCCCAAAAGUAAAUUCAAUUUUAUAAUCAGCAAACAUAUCCUUCUUAAACCAUCUGAAAGAAUAUUAUUCAACAUCUAAAUUUGCAUUUGUAGACUAGUAGAAAUUAAAAAGUAUUGGUAGCUGCUUUUUUCCUGGUUAGGCCAUACGAGGAAACUUUCCUAUUUACCAAUUAACCCUGAUUACUUCCCCUUCAUUUUAAAAGGAAAUCAGUCUUUAACUUCCACCUGUACACACUCUGAUUCUUUUUAUUCCUUUUUUUUAUUUGUGCAGAGGAAAGAGCUUGAUUACAAUAUUGCAAACAUUGUCAUUAUUACAAUAAAACAAGUAAUUAAUAUGGCUUUGCAUAUUCUCAUUUGAAAUAAAGUUAUUGCUAUUCCUUCUUAUGAAAAAAAUUAAAGUCAACACUUCUUUAACAUUUAGCACCUUUAAGUUACCAUUCAAAUGUUUUGAUUUCAACUACAUUUUGUUGUUUCUUUCUCUCCCUUAAUAGCAUAUCAGUGCAUUUUGCUCACUUCAUAAUUUGUGUCCCAUUACAGUAUUUCAAAGGUAAAUGCAGACUAUGAUUUUUAGGAAGGCACGUGAAAGAACUUUGACUUAUGUGAAGAGGUCAGGGAAUACUAUACACACACACACACAAAAAAAAAAACUCUAUUGAGAUAAACAAGUCUUUUCAACUACAAUAUGAACAGAAGAAGAGUAGAACGAAGUUGGUAAAUUUAUGGUGAGGUAGCAGGACCUAUGUUAGAGUUAUAGAAAAAAAGGUAUUUUAGAGAAAAAUAAUGAAAUCAUUUAUAAUGAUAAAAAUCUUAUAUACUGUAUCAAAUGCUACUGAAAAGAAAGACAAGGAAAAAACAUUUAAAUUUGAUUAAAAAGAUGAAAUUGUCCUAAAAAAAAAAGUGGGGUGUCCCAUAUUAUAAUUUCCUCCUGCUAAUUCCACAGGAAACACUAAAUAUUUUUAAUAACGUUUAAAUAUUUCUUGUCUAGCUUGACCUUGUCUCAAGGAAACAUCAAUAUUUUAUAAAUAUUUCUUAAAUAUAAGUAUUUUGCCUCAAUUCACCUUCACUCUCUAAUCUGCUGACUCUAUUGUACACCAACAUAGUUAAUGCUACUAGUAGCUUUGUACCUUUUAGAUCAUUAUUAUGAAUCUUUCUAAUAAACAUUAAUAUAAUAUUAGAAUUAUGUACAUUGUACAAAAUAACUCAUAACCCAGCAAUAUUUAUAUUACAGGAUAAUUCAUUAUAUAUAUAUGAAUAUUAUGUUGAGACUGAACAAAUAACUACACUGAAAAUAUUACUCUCAAGUUCUCUUUCUCUUCAAUUAUUAUAAUCAAUUCAUAAAAUUUUGCAGACAAUUGUAUACAUGGUUGGUUAUCUAAAUACUCCAUAGUACAAAUGUAUCUAAAAGUAUUCCCAAUGCUUCUUCCAUUUUAGAAUGCAAAAGGAAAAACCUUAAAUAGGAAAGUAAAGCAGACUUCUAAGGAUCUAAUUUAAACAUUGUCAUUCGGACUGAAUAAUUUCAAAAUGAGGAUGCUUCACUCUUCGAUCUAAGGGAGAGGUUAUUAAAGAUUUACAUUGGUCCAAAGCCAGAGAAUUUUAAAUUUUAAUGGAGUUAAGUUUGUCUCAAUGGCCCAAGACUACAAAAUGUUACUCUACAUUGCUAAGGAAAUAUAUGUAAAAUCCAGACCUAAAAUAGUUUUUAAAGUUUAGAAAUUCCUCUGAUUAUUCCAAAUAUAAAACAGGCAAAAUGAUCCUGAUUCCAAAAUGGAAUAUAUUGACUGACCUCAAAUGAUGCUUGACAAAAUUUGUGAGUGUCAUCAACUCUUUAACAGUUGGUAGAGAGAUCUUUGGGAUUGGAACUCAGGAUACAGUGACUAGGACAGAAUGUCCUCUUAUGCUAACUUCUGCCUAGUCCUGUGAUUUUUUUUUAAUGCCUUGAGUCUCAAGUUGUCACAAUGGCUUAUGUUUUGAAUGACAUUUUGAAUCAAGGAAGAUGAGGAAAAAACAUUUAAAAUUGGUUUUCAUGCCUCAUUUGAGAAUAAAGAUUUCCUUUACCAUCCUAAGUAAUACAAGGUGAUGUCUUGAAACAGCUGUACACAGUCAGAAUGUGUUCAUUUAUAGACAAAUAUUGUUUGUAUAUUCUAACACUGAUCUCUGCCUGUAAACUAUUAAAUCAAGAUUUGUAGAGUGA